CGGCGUUGCCGCAGUCCCUGGGCGCCAGAGCCGCCGCAGCAUCCUCGGUGCGCGCGUGUCCGCUCGCCGCCGUCCUCCCGUCCCUCCUUCUCCUCGGCCGGCGUGAUGGCGAAGCCGCUGACGGACAGCGAGAAGCGGAAGCAGAUCAGUGUGCGCGGGAUCGCGGGGCUGGGCGACGUGGCCGAGGUGCGGAAGAGCUUCAACCGGCACCUGCACUUCACGCUGGUCAAGGACCGCAACGUGGCCACGCCCCGCGACUACUUCUUCGCGCUGGCGCACACGGUGCGCGACCACCUGGUGGGCCGCUGGAUCCGCACGCAGCAGCACUACUACGAGCGCGACCCCAAGCGCAUCUACUACCUUUCCUUGGAAUUCUACAUGGGCCGCACGCUGCAGAACACGAUGGUGAACCUGGGCCUUCAGAGCGCCUGUGAUGAGGCUGUUUACCAGCUGGGGCUGGACUUGGAGGAGCUGGAGGAGAUUGAAGAGGACGCGGGCCUCGGGAACGGAGGCCUGGGGAGGCUGGCAGCCUGUUUCCUUGACUCCAUGGCUACCCUGGGCCUGGCAGCAUACGGCUAUGGGAUCCGCUACGAGUUUGGGAUUUUUAACCAGAAGAUUGUCAAUGGCUGGCAGGUGGAGGAGGCGGACGACUGGCUGCGCUACGGCAACCCCUGGGAGAAGGCCCGGCCCGAGUACAUGCUUCCCGUGCACUUCUACGGGAGGGUGGAGCACAGCCCUGAGGGCGCGAGGUGGCUGGACACGCAGGUGGUGCUGGCCAUGCCCUAUGACACCCCGGUGCCGGGCUACCGGAACAACACGGUCAACACCAUGAGGCUGUGGUCCGCCAAAGCGCCGAACGACUUCAAGCUGCACGACUUCAACGUGGGUGGCUACAUCGAGGCUGUGCUGGACAGGAACCUGGCCGAGAACAUCUCCAGAGUCCUGUACCCAAACGACAACUUCUUCGAGGGCAAGGAGCUCCGCCUGAAGCAGGAGUACUUCGUGGUUGCCGCCACCCUCCAGGACAUAGUUCGCCGCUUCAAGUCCUCCAAGUUCGGCUGCCGCGACCCCGUGAGGACCAGUUUUGAGACGUUCCCUGACAAGGUCGCCAUCCAGCUGAACGACACCCACCCCGCCCUCGCCAUCCCCGAGCUCAUGCGGAUCCUGGUGGACGUGGAGAAAGUGGACUGGGACAAGGCCUGGGAGAUCACAAAGAAGACCUGUGCCUAUACCAACCACACGGUGCUGCCUGAGGCCUUGGAGCGCUGGCCUGUGUCCAUGUUUGAGAAGCUGCUGCCGCGGCACCUACAGAUCAUCUAUGCACUCAACCAGAGGCACCUGGACCAUGUGGCCACCCUCUUCCCCGGGGAUGUGGACCGCCUGCGGAGGAUGUCUGUGAUCGAGGAGGGGGACUGCAAGCGGAUCAACAUGGCCCACCUGUGCGUGAUCGGGUCCCACGCGGUCAACGGCGUGGCCAGGAUCCACUCGGAGAUCGUGAAGCAGUCGGUCUUUAAGGACUUUCAUGAGCUGGAGCCAGAGAAAUUCCAGAAUAAGACGAAUGGCAUCACGCCACGGCGGUGGCUGCUCCUGUGCAACCCGGGGCUGGCUGACACCAUCGCGGAGAAAAUCGGGGAGGGUUUCCUGACUGACCUGAGCCAGCUGAGGAGUCUGCUGCCAUUUGUCCACGACGAGGCGCUCAUCAGGGACGUAGCCAAGGUCAAGCAGGAAAACAAGCUGAAGUUCUCUGCCUUCCUGGAGAAGGAGUACAAGGUGAAGAUCAACCCCGCCUCCAUGUUCGACGUGCACGUGAAGAGGAUCCACGAGUACAAGCGGCAGCUGCUCAACUGCCUGCACGUCAUCACGCUGUACAACCGAAUAAAGAAGGACCCAGCCAAGGACUUUGUGCCCAGGACCGUCAUGAUUGGGGGCAAGGCAGCCCCCGGUUACCACAUGGCCAAGAUGAUUAUCAAGCUGGUCACAUCCAUCGGGGACGUCGUCAACCACGACCCAGUUGUGGGCGACAGGCUCAAAGUGAUCUUCCUGGAGAACUACCGGGUGUCGCUGGCCGAGAAAGUGAUCCCCGCCGCAGACCUGUCGCAGCAGAUCUCCACCGCUGGCACUGAGGCCUCGGGCACAGGCAACAUGAAGUUCAUGCUCAAUGGGGCCCUCACCAUCGGCACCAUGGACGGGGCCAACGUGGAGAUGGCAGAGGAGGCCGGGGCUGAGAACCUCUUCAUCUUCGGCCUGCAGGUGGAGGACGUGGAGGCCCUCGACCGGAAAGGGUAUAAUGCCAAAGAGUACUACGACCGGCUGCCCGAGCUGAGGCAGGCCGUGGACCAGGUCAGCAGCGGCUUCUUCUCCCCCAAGGACCCAGACUGCUUCAGGGGCGUUGUCGACAUGCUGCUGAACCAUGACAGGUUCAAGGUGUUUGCGGAUUAUGAAGCGUACGUGGCCUGCCAGGCCCGGGUGGACCAGCUGUACCGGGAUCCCAAGGAGUGGACCAAGAAGGUCAUCAGGAACAUUGCCUGCGCGGGCAAGUUCUCCAGUGACCGCACCAUCACGGAGUACGCCCGCGACAUCUGGGGCGUGGAGCCCUCGGACCUGCAGAUCCCGCCCCCCAACCUGCCCAGGGACUAGGUGCCCAGGCGCCACCCGGCCGUUCCCAGGAGGGCUCAGAGGGCACUGUGGCUUUCGGGGGUGAGGAAGGGCGUGCUGAGAACGAGCUGCUCCCACUUCCUGCAUGAAAGCAGAGCUCCCGGCCCCGGCUGCCCAGCCUCAGCCCCGACCCUGAGGAGGGGGUGCCGCCGGGGGCUCAGAGGCCUCGCACGUGCCUUGCUGCAAGCUUUUAGUCUGAGCUUCUGGGUCUGCAGUGGCCGGUUGGAGUGGGCCUGGUCCUCUGCAGUCCAGCUGGGCCCCAGGCCGGGUCUUCACAGCUGCCACAUGGUCCCGCACUGGGCGGAUGAAAGCGCGGGAGGGCGCCUUGGGUAGGGCAAGGCCGGUGAUGCACUGUGGGCUUGGUUCUGCUGCUUAAAAAGAAAAGUAACUUCACAAGGAAA